CAGAGAGAAGAGAGAGGCCUCGACAUCAGCAACCACCUUAUAUUUUUUCUCUCCACGAGACGGGACGGGGGGAGUGCGCCCACCGUUUUGCGGGUGUAUGCGCGUGCGUUUGUCUACCGGUUUGGAUCACGAUGAUGCAAAGUGCGGCGGUCCUACCGACAGAGAGUCCUGUUAAGAGUUUACCGGAGAUUCUCGGAGUGCCACUGCAACAGAUCCCUCAGUGUGCCGGCUGUAGUCAGCACAUCCUGGACAAGUUCAUCCUGAAGGUGCUGGACAGACACUGGCACUCCAAGUGCCUGAAGUGCGCCGACUGUCAGACCCCGCUGGCGGAUAAAUGUUUCUCCCGGGCCGGAAGCGUCUACUGCAAAGAGGAUUUCUUCAAGCGUUUUGGAACAAAAUGUGCGUCGUGCCAGCAGGGGAUCCCUCCCACACAGGUAGUGCGGAAGGCGCAGGACUUUGUGUAUCACCUGCACUGCUUUGCCUGCAUCAUGUGCAGUCGGCAGCUGGCCACAGGGGACGAGUUUUACCUCAUGGAGGAUGGGAGGCUGGUGUGCAAGGUGGAUUAUGAGACGGCCAAACAAAAUGACGACUCAGAGGCGGGGACCAAGCGGCCGAGGACCACCAUCACAGCCAAGCAGCUAGAGACUCUCAAAAGUGCCUACAAAAACUCGCCCAAGCCGGCUCGCCAUGUCAGAGAGCAGCUGUCCUCAGAGACAGGACUGGACAUGAGAGUAGUGCAGGUUUGGUUCCAGAACAGGCGAGCGAAGGAGAAGCGUUUAAAGAAAGAUGCAGGGCGACAUCGUUGGACUCAGUUUUAUAAAAGCGUCAAGCGCAACCGAGGAGGAACUAAAGUGGAGAAGGAAAGCUCGGCCGACGAUGCGGGACUCAGUGACAGUGAACUGAGCUUCAGAGAUGACCAGGUCCUGUCAGAUCUCGGACACACCAAUGGGCUCUAUGGGAGUGUCGGUGACAUGACCAACAGCGGGGUGCUGAACGGUAGCUUCUCCGUUGAUGCGGCGGGACAGCCGUACCACGACAUCCGAGCAGGAAGCCCCUACGGUCUUCCUCAGUCGCCCUCGUCCAUCACCUCCCUGCCUGGCCACACCCCUCUCCUCAAUAACCUGGGCUUUGGCAUGGACAGUCUGGUAGUACAGGGCGGGCCAGGCGGUGUGGGACAGGCGCUUAGAGCCAUGGCAGGGGGCCCGACAUCAGACCUCUCGACGGGCAGCAGUACAGGAUACCCCGACUUCCCCACCAGCCCUGCCUCAUGGCUGGAUGAGAUGGACCAUUCUCAGUUUUAAGCUUGGAAGAUGGUUGACGACCUCUGGGGGGAUACGACAAAAUAGACUCACAUAGCUUUUUACAUUUGUUUCAUUCACCCAGUGAGACUGGUGUUGUGUGAUUUUGGGUGAAGAGAAGACAGAAGAGAAGAAGUGUGACUCUCAGUGCUUCAGCAGUCUUAAUCGGGUCGUCCAGACGAAAGCAGUGAAAUACACCUCCACACUGCUGAACCUAUACACUGUAUCAUACAACCCUCUGUGAUCACCUGACUUUGUUUGAUUCACUCACUCAGAAACAGAGACUGGAUUUCCAAUUAGUCGAUGGAUUUUUUUUUCUAAAGGGGAAGCCCUCAAAAUACACCACCCCUGUCAAACAGCUACAACAUUAGGGCUACAAUCUAGAUCCAAGUCCCUAUGAGACCCAGGAGGCACCUGCAUGCUUCUGAUCGAUAGAGUAGGACUGCUGUCUGCUCAAAUCAGAGCCUUUACAUUGGUGAUGCACUUUACUCUCCUCUUCUUUUUCUACUCGUGUGGACAGAAAUGCAGAAAGAGGAGGAGCGAGAAAGAGGAGAGAUGUAUGCACAAGGCAAAAACACAGUGUUUCACCGGGGAGAGAAAUUUACAAGAACAGUGGCACAAGUGUGAAUUUUGAUCCAUGCUGAUGUUUUUUUUUAUGUAUUGCUGAGGCUUACCAGUUAUUAGGAAGUAGAUGGUCUGUCUGCCUGUCAGUCUGUAGGAACUGAUGUCUCCUCUGUGUGAGUGAGGGUAAACACAGCAGGUCUCUCUUCUCUAUUUGUUGUUGCUUGACUUGUUCUUGUCUGUUUAAAAAGCUGUCUGAGCAGACAUCUGUCAGUAUUAAUUUCCAGACUCACCUGACAUCAGUGUGUUGUAGGACAUUCAAGAAGGUGUGGUUUUGGAGGAAUUUAAUUCAAUCCCUCUCGUAAUAUAUCGCAGAUCGAAAUUAUUAAUUUAUUUUUGAAUGCACAGAAAUGAGAAGAGGAGAUUUUGAUGGAUAAUUUAAGGUGAGGAAAAGGUCACACACAUACUCAGUACAGCUGACACUCAAAUCAACGACAGUAUUAGCAGGAGCAGUGAUAAAAAUGUUGCUUUGUGUUGGCUCCUCUGUUUCUCAGUCUGAUCAAAGUCUGUCUUGGUAAUCUACUCAGUCCAGCAGAGCUACAGCUUUGCCUGCGAUCAACCUACUUACUGACCCCAGAUGUGUCACCAGUCUGUUCUCUCCUCUGCCGGACUCCAUGUCAGACGGAUUACCACAGAGCCCCCCACUAUCAGCACUGAUACUCUGCUGUAGCUUCUCUGCAGGCAUGACUACAGGGCUGAUGUUACAGUUCAGGCCACAACAGCUUCAUCUUCAAUCCCCACUCGGCAGCCGAUUCACUGAAAGUAUAACUCAUGAAAUGCAACCUCUCUUUUAAUUUGAGAGAGCAGCUAAUAGUUUGGUCUGACUUGUUCAGCAUGUCACAAUCAGCGGCUGUUUUGAUCAGGGGGUAAUAUUCUUUUAAAAACAUGUUCUUGUAUUUGUUUUUAUCAAACAAAGGAAAACUUCAAAUCAUUGAUUUCAAGAUCACCUAUUUGUUUAAAUUGCCAAGUCCUUUUUACAGGAGCUUCCUAUGUAAGAGCCCCAAAUUAGAGAAGAAAAUCAGGGCACAAUUAAGAUUACAGCCUACAAAUUGCAACAUAAUUAUUUCGUACAUUAAGGGCAAGAAGUGAGAUACAGUCACACGUACAGUGGAGAAGAAGAACUUUGUCUCCAUGCUCUCAUUACUUAAAGUACAAUGUUUUAAAUUACUGAUCAUCUUUUUUAUUAUACAUGGAUGGCAGUAAUGUUCCUGAAUUAAGCAGGAAACUUCUAAAAUAUACAAAGAAUUGAAAAAAGUACUAACUCAGUUGUACAUUUUCACAACUCAGUAGACAGCUUCAUUUGUACAUCCUUUGUACAAAAGAAAUACCUGUAAUUUGUGGGCUGUAUUCUGAAGUGUUAAACAAAAAUGAUACACAAAUGCUCUAAAAGGACAGUUUUGUUAAGUCUGUGUUGCCUCACAAGUUUGCAUCUUAAUUGUAAAUUUUGUACAGUUUGAAAACGUGUUGAUCGUCUUGUUUCAUGAGCGCUAUUUAUUAUUGCCAUGUGUCUUUGAAAAAGAUGUAAAAGAGAGCACUGAAUUUAUUCAUUUAUGCCUUCUGUGUAAUGGUAUGAACCGUGUACAGUCAAAUCUAUAUGAGGAAAAUAAAGCUGAAUU